UUGUUGAAUAUAAUUAGCCCAGAAGAAGAUUUACUCCGGUCUCCCGCGUCCAUCAUGAACUCCAAACUCCUGUUCAUCAUUCUGCUGUGCGUCACGGCCGCGAUGUUGUUUUUCGGCACACAUUCUGACAUGAUUUUGGAUUAUCUGCAGCCCGAAGAUGCGCGCUUGUGUGCUUGUGAGAAAUGUCUGGCGGAAGAUCCGCAAAUGCCCCAAGAUCGAUUCAAAAGGUCCAUUCAGCCGUUUUUAUCCAUAAGGCAAAAUCUGUCUGAGGAGGAUUUCAGCUGGUGGAAGCACCUACAGAAUGAGAAGCGGGGCCUCAGUGCCUAUAAAGCAACUGUGAAAAAGCUGUUUGAAAUCCUCCCAUCCAGUCCGGAUCCCACAGAGCCCAGCAGCCCUGACCGCUGCCGGACCUGCGCUGUGGUGGGGAACUCUGUCAAUCUGAGGGGAUCUUACUAUGGGCCGCUGAUAGACUUUAAAGAUGUCGUCAUAAGAAUGAACGGUGCUCAGAUCAAAGGCUACGAGGCAGACGUCGGGAGCAGAACCACCCACCGCGUCCUGUACCCGGAGAGCGCGGUGCCUCUGGACAACAGCACGCGCAUGGUGCUGUUUCCAUUCAAACUGGUAGAUAUUGAGUGGCUAAUCAAUGGCUUCACGAGGAUUCCUGGCGCGUCGCCAGAGGAAUACAGAUUAAAAGCCAACAAGGACCUGGUCCACGUGUUUGGAUUUGGGACAGACAGCAAUGGAAGCUGGAGCCAUUACUGGGAGAAACCCAAAGACAAAUCUUUUCAAACUGGAAUAAAUCCUGCUCAUCAUGAGUUUAAUAUUAUUCAGGAGCUAGCACAGAAAAAAGUGGUCACGUUUUACAGGGGGUGGUGA